AUGUCAGGCCUAUUUGGCAGCUCGACGUUCGGCACGCAACAACAGCCGGCUGCUACGAAUCCAUUCGGACCUAAACCAUCUGGGACACUUGGGUCGGCGCUUGCAUCCAGCACAGCUCCUUCUCAGCCCUCUGGCUUCUCCUGGGGCACUUCCUCGACUGCCGCUCCCUCGACGCCGCUCCCAACAUCCUCCCUCGGCGGCUCUGGUCUCUUUUCGUCCACCGCGACCGCAAAGCCUGGAGGAUUUGGACUCUCCACGCUCGGGUCAUCGACUGUUGCACCUUUGCAGCAACAACAGCCUCCUUUAGGUUCAUCCACCCUGACUACCUCCGCCGCCCCCACGACCUUGCCAGUUCUCAACGGAGCCGCAAAAUUCAAUGAUCUCCCACAACCCAUCCAGGAUCUUCUCAAUGACACUGAGCACGUUUUAAACCUAUUUCUGCAUCGUUACGGCUCUAACCUCUUGAUCAGAUCGCUCAUUCAAAGCGGCUUAAAUGCUGCAAAGGACCUCAAGGGUCGAAAACUUGGCGACUCUAUCCUCACCAACACGGAAAACUCGCGUCAACUCUUUCAUGAUCUGACCUCGAGUUCGAACACGCUUCAAGCCGAUGAUCUCUUUGCAAAGAACCUCAGAAAAAAGGUGGACCAGGCCGUCCAAGAUGUCGUCGUUUGCACGCACAUUAUCGAUGGGUUCCGGGAAAGCGGAAUCCAGCAUCCGAAUCUCAAGACGAAUGCACAAUAUCCUAUAGAGUGCGUCCCAGUCAUCGUCGACUUAUCUAACCGGCGUUCUUUACCCGAUUGUAUGACUAAUGGCCUCGGGCUCAUUAGAUUCUUUGUCCGUCUGACCGACGAAAUGCAGGACCGGCUCACGCGCUACAAGUCGAUUGUCGACCAACUCAACCGAAAGCUCGCAUUUUCAUUUCAGGCGCAGCAGACACCACAAGCAAUCACGACAACUCUACAGUCGCAGCACGCUUCCUUUAUCGCGCUCGCGGCAAAAGUAGCAGAGAUUGAAGGCUCGUUCGAGGACGUCAAGCUUCAAUUUGCAACGCUCUACAAGGCUCGCACAGGGAGUGCCCUUGACCCUUUCGGCCGUACACCAUCGUGA